AUGUCUCAACAACCCACCUCAUCUUCUUCCAAGAACAUGUCUGAUUCUCUUAGCGCUGAACCAAGCAACCCUAACAGAGAAGAUCCUAUUGAUGACUCUGCGAAUACCCCACAUGCAAGAAGACCUAAAGAAACUGUAACAGGCUUCUCCUCAGCCAUCGCUCUUGAGGAACGAACCAAAGAAGGUUCUAGGUAUGUUCACAAUGCCAUUGCCACUAUGGUGACUGGAAUACUGUCUGGUAAUCAUAAGGUCCUUGGGGUUUCCAUUCCCUUAAACACUAUUGAACCUGAUAGUGUUACUUAUCAAGAAAAUACUGAGUCUUUAGGAAAGAAUAUCUCUGAUGAUGUUGAGCAAGCUGAUGCUCAUAAGGAGUUAAAUGUUGACAAACCCUUAGAUAAUGUGGCUGGUGAGGAAGUUCAUGUCACUCAUGAUGUCAGUGACAACCCUAACUGUGAGGUUGAAAUAGUAGACUUGGAGGAAUUUUCUGAUAAUGAGCUGCUGUCCUCUUUCCUCCCUAGCAUAGCCAAAAGGGUUAGGACUAGGAGAGAAAAGAAAACUGUGGCUCAAAGGUCCCCCAGAAAGAAUAUUGAUGUUCCAACCUCUUCCAAGACAACGGUGGCAGUCGAGAGUUCCCUCAAGAGGAAAGUUCAUGGUCCAACCAAAUCUUGGAGCAAAGGGGUGCCCAAGAAAAAGAAGACCAAGUCUGUUGUUGUUGAGUCUGACUCAGAUGUUCCGUGGAAAUAUGUUUAUCAGAAGAGGCUGGCUUUGGAAAGGGAAUUAGCUCAGAAUGUCCUAGACUGUAAGGAUAUUAUGGACCUUAUUCAAGAGGUUGGUUUAAUGAAGACUAUGAAUCAGUUCUCAAAGUGCUAUGAGAUGUUGGUGAAGGAAUUUAUUGUUAAUUUGUCUGAAGAAUGUGCUGAUGGCAAGUCUAAGGAAUUCAGGAAAGUGUAUGUGAGAGGCAAGUGUGUAAAUUUCUCUCCCUCAUUGAUCAACAAGUAUUUGGGAAGGCCUGAUGUAGCUCAACCUAAGCUUGAGUUGACUGAUAACAAAAUCUGUCAAGUCAUCACUGCUAAUCAAGUAAGGAAGUGGCCUCUCAAUGGAAAAUUGGUGGCCAGUAAACUGAGUGUCAAGUAUGCAAUGCUGCACAAGAUUGGAGCUGCUAACUGGGUGCCCACCAAUCAUAAAUCUACAGUUGCUGUAAUGCUUGGAAAGUUUAUAUAUGCUGUUGGAACCAAGGCCAAUUUUGACUAUGGCUCCUAUAUUUUUGAUCAAACUUUGAAGCAUGCAGGAAGCUUCAGUGUGAAGGGUCCUAUAGCCUUUCCUUCUCUCAUCUGUGGUAUUGUUUUGAAUCAGUUUCCAAACAUCUUAACAGAGAAUGAUUCUGUGAAGAAAAGAGACAGCCCUAUGUCCUUCAAUCAUAAGCUGUUCCUAGGUACCCAUGUCCCCGACAUUGUCAUGACAACAGGUGAGACAUCACGUGUAAGCAAACAACCCGAUAAAGCUGUUGUCAUUGCAAUGCUCAAAGAAACCUGCAGGGAGUUAGAGGCAAGGAAGCUGAACUUGGAAAAAUUGAUCAGCACUUUGGAGAUGACUGAAGGUGAUGUGCUUGGUGAAGCUGUUGCUGUUGCAGAAGAAGCUGAAAUACAAGGUGAAGAGGGAGAAGCAGAUGCCACUCCUGAUGAUGGCACAAAUGAUGAUGCUGACUCUGAGUCAGAUGACUAG